UAGAGAAAAUAAGGGAGAAUGUGAGUGAGAGAAAGAAGAGCAGCAAGUGUAGUAAAGAAAGUGAGGGUGAGUGAAGAAAAAGGUUUGAGUGAAGUAAACGAGAAAUAGCGUGGAACUGCGUCGCACUGGUACACACAGCUUUGGCUUUUGGCAAUGGUUUGCGGAGGAUUUGCCUGUUCUAAAAAUGCAUUGGCAGCGCUUAAUAUUCUUUAUAUUUUGGUAGCAUUCAUUUUGAUUGGUGUAGCAGCUUAUGGAAGAGCAUCUGCUGUGGUUACCAGCUUGACGUUGGUUGGUAGUAUCAUAGCAUGUGGUGUUUUCCUGUUUCUCAUUGCAAUCAUUGGUUUUAUCGGAGCUUUACGGCAUCACCAAGUCCUGCUUUUUUUUUACAUGAUCAUUUUGUUUCUUCUGUUCCUCAUCCAGUUUUCUCUAGCUUGUGCAUGUCUCGCUAUGAAUGAUGCUCAGAAAGACUCUCUUGCAAUUAGGGGAUGGAAACUUGCUGGUAACAAGACUCGCUACGAUGUGCAGUAUGUGUUUAACUGUUGUGGACUCCAGGUAGUAAAUGCACCAGUCUUAUUGAACACAGGACACCCAGUGUGUAGUGGAAUUCCCUGUUGUGAAAAUAACAGUGAAUGCUGCACUGGUAAAUCAUCAAACAUAACAUGUCCAUGCCAGCCAUGUCUACCCAAACUAAAAGACCGUAUACAUCAAGCCUUCACCGUCACCGGUGCAAUAGGAUUGUUCUUUAGCUUUACUGAGAUACUGGGUGUUUGGAUUACGGUGCGAUACCGUAACCAGAAAGACCCUAGAGCAAACCCCAAUGCGUUUCUUUAAUGGUUACCACUUGUGUUAUCAUUAGAUUAUUGGUGUUUGGUUGGCACUGCGAUAUCGGAACCAGAAAGAUCCGAGAGCAAAUCCAAGUGCAUUCCUAUAGCCAUGGAAUGUUAAAUGUUACUUUGAACAUUACUCUGUCUCCCUUUCUUCCUCCUCUCAGUUUUUUUCUCUCUUUGUUUUAUAUUUCUUUCUCAUUUUUUUAAACAUUUCCUCUUCAAUUUCUUCUUUCUCCCAGCAAUAUUCUCUACAUUUUCCUGGUGUGGAGACUAUUAACAACAACAAUAAUAACAACAUAAAAUCAAUGAGGAUAUAACAUCACACUUACUGUAUACACACAGUUUUAAUACUGUA